AUGGAGGCACCCGCCUCGCACCUGGGCGGCCACGGGGCCCUCGCGGCCCUCCUGGAGGCGCAGGGCCUGCGGGAGGACUGGUUCCGGCGCCCCCACGAGAUCCCCGCCGUCCUGGAACGGCUGGAGCGGCUGGGCACCCUGACGUCGAAGGGGCUGCUGGACGAGUACGCGCAGAGGGGCCUGCCGGCCUUCGAGGGCAUGUCUCGGUCCGAGCUCCUGCCGCUGGCGAGGAGCGCCGUGCUCUGGGAGGAGUUCAACACGGCUGGGCUGCAGCAGGCGUGCUGGCAGCGCUCCGUCGAGGCCGCGGGGGAGCCCCGGCAGGCGCUCGAGGAGCUGCUGAGGGCCCUCGCCUGGGAGGACCUGGGCGUCCCGGUGACCCGGCUCCCCUGCGUGGAGGCCGCCAAGGACGUGCUGUCGGAGCUUCAGGCCCUCCUGGACGCGAGCUCCGAGGAGCUUGCGUCGCGCUGCGCCGCGCAGGGGCUGCCCUGCGCCGGCUCCCCGGAGGCGGCGAGAGGGCUCCUGAGGCAGGCGCUGCUCUGGAGCGAGCUGCCGCACCGGGAGCUGGCCCGCGAGUGCGCCGCGCACCAGCUGCCCGACGGCCCGGGAGCAGGGGCUGGCCCGCCCCCGCGGUCGGAGCUGCUGGAGCGGCUGCUGGCCUGCGCCCGGGGCGGCGGCAGGGUGCGCGCGCGGGGCAUCCCCGAAGAGCUGCUGGGGGGGCCAGAGGCUGCCGAGGCCGUGCUGCGCGACGUGGACCACUGGCAGUGCAUGUGCGCGCGGCACCUCGAGGCGGAGCUGCGGCGCCGCGGGCUGCCCGUGGGCUCGUCGUGCGGGGACAGCCAGGCGCUGGUCGACCGCCUCCGCGACGUCGCGGUCUGGGAGAAGCUGCCGCUCAGGCAGCUGUGCCAGCAGUGCGAGGAGGCCGGCGUCCCGCCCCCGCGCGGCGCGACGCUCGAGGAGCGCGCGCCGUGCAUCAGGGGACUGCUGGAGCGCCGCGACCUGCUGGAGCGCUGCAGGCUCCACGGGGUUCCAGCCUCGCGCCUGAGGAGCGCCGAGGAGGCCGCCGCGCUCUGCGCGCAGUACGAGGAGAUCGAGCAGAUGAGCCUCGGGCACCUGGCCCAGUGGUACGCGCGCGACCUGGGGCUGCCCCCCGAGCAGGGCAUGACCAGGGAGGAGCUGGCAGGCCUCCGCAGGAGGCACGCCCUGUGGCUGGCCCUGCCGCUGCCGGAGCUGCGGCAGGAGUGCCUGCGGGGCGGCGGGGCCGCCGCCGUCGGCGCGGACGAGGAGGCCAAGAGGGAGGGCCUGCUGGGCGUGCUGGCCGGCUACCUGCAGAGGGAGGGGGGCGACCGCAGGGCCGUGCUCGGUGCGGUGAGGCAGUGGCGCGGAGCGCCCCUGGCCAGCCUGGAGGCGGAGGUCGACCGGGUGGAGGCCGCCCUGCAGCCAGGCGGCCCCGAGGGCGACGGGCGGUUGCGCGCCGGGCAGGUGGAGGCGCUGCUGGAACGAGACCGCGCCGAGGCCUGGCAGGCGGCGGGCUUCGAGGCGGCCCACAUGAGCUUCGCCGCGGCGAGGGAGCUGGUGGGCACCUUCGAGCAGCUGCGGAGGAGCACGGACGCCGAGGUGGCAGAGGAGUUCGAGGGGCUCCUGUCCCACCACCCGAGCGUGCUGGAGCUGUCCAGGGAGGGCGGCGGCAGGGGCAGGGAUUGGCUCCUCGGGGUGAUCCGGCGCGUGCUGGUCUGGGAUGCCCUGCCCGUGGCCAAGCUGGAGGAGCUCGCGCUGCGGGGCAGCCCCUCGAUCGUGCCGGCGCCGGACGCCGCCGACGCGGAGGAGAGGAAGAUCAGCCUCGUGGACCAGCUGAUCGUGGACCUGCUCCGCGACGCCUACGAGGCGCGCGGGGUGCCGGUGGGGGACCUCGGCACCCUGGAGGCCUCGAGGGUCGUGGACGUCGUCCACGACAUCGGGGCGCAGGACGACGAAGAGCUGCGGGCGAUGUACCAGGAGCUCGGGUUCCCCGAGGAGGAGCACCUCGAGAGGGGCUUCCUCGUUCAGCUGCUGAGGGAUGUCGCGAUCUGGCAGUCGCUGCCGAUUGAGCACCUCCAGCGGAGGGUCCGGCAGCUGCCCUGGGGCGCGCCAGAGAGGGCGCUGCUGUCUCCGCCCGAGGCCAGCUCGGCCGGGGAGGAGCUCGGCGAGCCCAGCGACCUCGCGGGCCUGCGCGACGCAGGGGUGCGGGCGUUGGCCGAGCACGCGGUGAUG